AUGUCCUUAUUUUUAAUCUCGGAGGGUAUCUUUGAGAUUAAGGCUACCGCUAAUAAUACUUACCUUAGUAGUAAGGACUUCGAUAACCGUCUCGUUAACCACUUCGUUAAUAAGUUUAAGCGUAAGUAUAAUAAGGACCUAACUACGAACGCUUAUGCUCUCCGCCGUCUCCGCACUACUUACGAGCACCUCUUCCGCGGUACUAUAGAGCCCGUUAAGCGUAUCCUCCGUAACGCUAAGAUUAAUAAGGCUUCCGUCUACGAGAUCGUCUUGGUUAGUGGUUCUACCUAUAUCCCUAAGAUCCAGAAGCUCGUCUCCGACCUCUUUAAUAAGGAUACUAAUAAGUCUAUUAACCCUAAUAAGGCCGUCUUUAAGGGUAAGCGUGCCCGCACUAAGGACAAUAACCUCUUUAAUAAGUUCGAGCUCACUGAUAUUCCCCCGCCCCCCACGAUUAAGGUUACCUACGAUCUCGAUACUAACGGUAUUAUGAAUAUCUCCGCCGUCGAGAAGGGUAUAAGAAAGACCUAUAAGAUCACUAUCUCUAAUAAUAAGGGUCGUCUCUCUAAGGAGGAGAUCGAAUAUAUACUCUCUAAGGCUAAGAAGUAUAAGGAGGAGGAUAAAGCCGAGGCUAACCGUAUUUAG